CAACUUCCUUUUUCAUUCCCUUCAAAGCUGCAGUUUUGGUUGUUUUGUUUCUUUGUUUCAGGUGAUAAACGCAGUAGGCAUCAUCAUCCUUCAUCAAUGGAGGGGACAAAGAAGUGUGCUCUCCCUCCUGGGUUUAGGUUUCAUCCAACUGACGAGGAAUUGAUCAUGUAUUACCUUCGGAAUCAAGCGAGAUCGAUGCCGUGUCCGGUGUCCAUAAUCCCGGAAGUCGAUAUCUAUAAAUUCGAUCCGUGGGAACUACCUGAAAAAGCAGAAUUUGGUGAGACAGAAUGGUAUUUCUUCAGCCCACGGGAGCGGAAAUACCCAAAUGGGGUGCGGCCGAAUCGAGCAACCAGUUCGGGUUAUUGGAAGGCCACCGGCACGGACAAGGCAAUCCACAGUGGGUCUACGUACGUCGGGGUGAAGAAAGCUCUUGUGUUUUAUAAGGGACGGCCGCCCAAGGGUGUCAAGACAGAUUGGAUCAUGCAUGAGUAUCGGUUGGAUGGUUCAAGCAGACGCCCCAACAAACUGAAUGGAUCCAUGAAAUUGGACGACUGGGUGCUCUGCAGGAUUUAUAAGAAGAAGCAUUUGGGAAGAGCCGUGGAGCAGCAGAAAGAGGAACCAUCUUUUCAAGAGACGGCAGAAACCAGCUUAGAUGCUAGUGAACAACAACAACCUUUGAUAUUUCCAAGGACGUGUUCUCUAGCCCAUCUGCUGGAGGUGGAGUACCUAUCCAUUUCUCACCUUUUAAAUGACAAUUCAGCACUGAAUUCACCACCAAUCGAGUUCCGGACAACCGAUGAAAGCAACAGUCACGACGUUGGCAUACUUCAUUCCGGCGAUAUGGAUUUCCAGUUCCCAGAUCCAACCAGCAAGUUUCAAGUGAACCAGAAUACUGUCUUAAACCAGCCAAUAUUCAUCAACCCACUAUUCGAUUUUCAGUGAUAUCUGGCUUGGUUAAAACCAGCCUCUUUUGUUGAACAAUUGUACAAAAAUUUUCCUAUAAAUUACUUCUUUGUUUCCUACUCGGAGGUGCAAAAGCAGAACUAUGUUACAGACAUGUGAUGAAAUGUUGUUUAAUUGCCAUACAUUUAGUAUAAUUCGUGCUGACUCUCGAACCCAAGUUACAUGAGCAAGAAAGAUAUCAGACGUUGUUUGUUCAGUA